AUGAUUGCCAAAACACCAAGCGCGCAGCUAUAUGUGAUAUUUGUUGUUUUGCUGUCCAGUGUGCCACUACGGCGAGCAGAAAGCGCGCAAACGCAAAUUAGUAGCAAUGCAAACACCGAAGGUGAAGAAUGGUCAUUGGACCUGAAGAAGUUCACAGCGCACAGCUCGGGCGAUGUCGAGCCACCAUACAAGUUAACGCAACAACAAAUGGAAGAUUUUGAGGCGAUUAUGAGCGCUGGCGAGGAUAUGCCCAGUAGCGGAAUUUCAUAUGCAAACCGCUCACAUGAUGCAAUGGCGGACGAGGAAGAUGUUUAUGUGGCGGAAGAUACGCGCAGCUUCCUCUGUUUACCGAUAAUGCGUAUUUUCAAUGUGGAGGUGCGGCGUUUGCUGGUGGAAGGCGAGCUCGUAGCUGUGGUGGGCGAUCACGAGCGUCUCGGUGGUUGGCAGGUGGAACGCGCUGUUGUGAUGACAUCUAGCCGAUGGAGUGUGCAGAAUAAUGUGCAGAGUUGGUCAGCAAAGGUGGCGAUUUGCGCAAGCGCACGCCUACAUUAUCGUUAUUUCAUCUUCAGCGUUGAUAAAUCUGGCAGACGGCGUGUGCAUGAGUGGGAGGGUGUGCCAUAUGGACGCGUGCUAGAAAAAUACCAAAUGUAUCGGCCACCUGGCAAGGAUGUCUUCGGCUUACUCUCACAUAUGACGGUUGGCGAUGUGGAGCACGAGAAAGGUUGGUUGCGCAACGAGUACGCCAUCGAAUUUAAGUUCAUUUGGCUACAGCAUAUGAAGUUCUAUCGGUAUUUGAACUUAAAUCGUGCAACAAAAUAUCUGCUAAAGAUGAGCGUAUCACAAAAUGGGUUUGAAUUGGUAUCAGGCGCUUGGCGCGACACAGAGUUGGAGGUAACGCGCUACGCUUAUAAUCGUUCGCAGUUUCAGCAACAGCCCAGACGCGGUGUGCCGUACACAGCAGGCGAUAUUGUCAUAUUUCGUUUCACAGUCGCUGUGAAUACGAGAAACUCUUACCAGCUAAGCAUUUAUACAAUAGAUGGCAGUCGCGUGGGUGAAGUGCUUAUUUUAGCUAUAGAUCUGCGCGGUACGGAAGGUGUGCUGCGUCUGCCCAUACAGAGCACUGUGAAUGGUUAUCAGGUUGGUUUAUUAACGCUGCCCUAUUUGAUCAUACGUCCGUUGGCAGGCGCUGAGGAAUACAACUUACGUGGCAGCUUCCAACGCUACUGGCCCAUGAAUUGGCCCUCAAUGGAUGUGGGUCGACGGGGUGCAGGCGCAAGCUUCAACGCAGACGCACCUCUUGUGGAGAACACUAUUGCCAGUUACUUGUACGCUCACAAAUAUAAGGCAGAUAUGGUGGAGUUGGAUGUGCAGCUAACGCGUGACUUUGUGCCGGUCGUGUGGCAUGAUUUCGGCUUCAAAACAGCGCCGAGAAAUCGCUACGUUGAGGGUGAAGAUGAUCUAGAAUAUGUGCUCAUCAAAGAUCUAACCUAUCAGCAGUUGAAGGAGAGACGCGUCUUCGCCAUUGAGGAUGACGAGAUCUACGAGUAUACGAGCUUUAAUGUGCACAAUACUACAGCAGACGAACGCAUAUUUCCUACGUUGCGUCAAGUAUUUGAAAGCUUACCAAACACACUCGGCCUGGAUAUAGAAAUUAAGUGGCCACAGCAGCUAAUGAGCGGUGCGCUAGAGUCGGCGCAAACGCUCAGUAAGAAUCGCUUUGUUGACAUCAUACUGAAAAUAACGGUUAGACAUGGCUGCGGUCGACCACUCUUCUUCUCGAGCUUCGAUGCGGACAUUUGCACUGUGUUACGGCUAAAGCAGAAUGUUUUUCCCGUCACCUUCGUUACGAUUGGCAGCACGCGCUUGUGGGAGCCCUACAAGGAUCUGCGUACACAAACCUACUUGGAUGCGGUGAAUUUCGCACAAUCUGCCAACCUCUUGGGCACGGUGGCGCAUGCAGAGGAUUUUCUACGCAACGACGCGCUACUUGACCUCGGUUUAGACUUGGGUCAGGCGACAUUCGUUUGGGGUGAUGAUUUGCAAGAUGCCCAAACAGUGGUGCAAUUCAAACGUUGGCAUGUCUCGGGCGUCAUCUAUGAUCGCAUCGAUUUGUUUGGCCCGAAACGUAAGCGUGAGAGUUUCUUCAAUGCACCUGAGCUUAUGGAUAUAUUUACGCGCCAGUGUAUUGUUGUUGGGCACUCUAACUGCACCAGCGAGUUUGCGCUGCCCGAUGGGUUCGAUUUACAUGGGAAACCAGUGAGUCGACUUGGCUGUGAAGUGAUUGUGCAACCACUUGCCUGA